AUGUCUUGUCUCAAUCGGAAUGGGUUGAAUGACUUUCAAUUUGCUCUAUUGAUUCUAUCAGUUUCUCAGGGUCAACGAUUUUUCUGGUCCAUUAACAAAGACAUAUACCUUGGAAGGGUUUACAAAAUGACAGACAGACAAUGUCAUUGUAUUUUGUGUUUGUCAACUCUUCUGUUUUCUGAACUGUCUGUAAACAAACAGGCCAAGAAGGCGUGCUGCAGCAAGCAAUGGAAUACAGUAGGGUCGAUUGCACCAGGGGUGGACCAAUGGAUGUUCGAAAGGAAUAACAUAGUAUCCACUAAAAUAAAUGAUGGCAUCGAGUGUGAUGUUUCUACCCAAUUGCAACAGAAGAUGAUUAGUGAUGUAGACGAAUAG